UACAGAAGUUGGGGAAAACUGUGGAAACCAAAGAUGAACGGUUCGAACAAAGUGCCAACAACUUCUACCAUCAACAGGCGGAAGGCCUCAGGCUACACAAGGACCUGAAGAACUUCCUUAGUGCAGUCAAAGUGAUGCAUGAAAGUUCAAAGAAAGUGUCAGAAACCCUGCAAGAGAUCUACAGCAGCGAGUGGGAUGGUCACGAGGAGCUAAAGGCCAUUGUCGGGAAUAAUGAUCUCCUUUGGGAAGACUAUGAAGAGAAACUAGCUGACCAGGCUUUGAGGACCAUGGAAAACUAUGUAGCCCAGUUCAGCGAGAUUAAGGAAAGAAUUGCCAAGCGGGGUCGGAAACUCGUGGACUAUGAUAGUGCCCGACACCACCUGGAGGCGGUGCAGAAUGCCAAGAAGAAAGAUGAGGCCAAGACUGCCAAGGCAGAGGAAGAGUUCAACAAAGCCCAGGCUGUGUUUGAAGAUCUAAACCAGGAACUACUAGAGGAGCUGCCUGUUCUUUAUAAUAGUCGUAUUGGCUGUUACGUGACCAUCUUCCAAAACAUUUCCAACUUGAAGGACGUCUUCUACAGGGAGAUGAGCAAGCUGAACCACAAUCUCUACGAGGUGAUGAGCAAACUGGAGAAGCAACAUUCCAAUAAAGUCUUUGUGGUGAAGGGACUAUCAAGCAGUAGCAGACGCUCUUUAGUCAUCUCUUCCCCGGUUCGAACAUCUACAACCUCCAGCCCUGUUACCUCACCUACCAGUCCCUCUGCACUUUCCUUGAAGAGUGAGAGGGACUCCAUCUCAGCAAGUGAAGAAGAGCUGGCAUCUGAUCCAGCCCAGGGAGAAGACAACAGUGAGAUUAAAGAAGAGCCCUUAAAAGAUAAGGAAAUAGAGGAUGAAAAGGCUGAACCAAGCACCUCUGAGGAGGAAGAGCCUCCGCCAGCCUGCAAUGGCCCCACCCAGGCCCAGCCUUCUCCUACCAUUGAGGAUGAGAAGUCCCAGGAGGAAGUUCCCCCUGGCUCCCCAGCUUCAUCACCAGGCAGAGCCCUGAUCCCUUCAGAGCAGCCUUCAUCUCUCCCAGAAGUAGUCUUCCGAACCCGUACCUCAAGUGAAGGAUCUGAACAACCAAAGAAGAGAGCCUCUGUCCAGAGAACUUCAGCACCCCCUAAUAGGCCUCCUCCACCCAAAGCCACUUCUAGCCCCAUGACCUCCUCAGGGAACAUACCCUCCAGCCCUACAGCCUCUAACCAGGGUUCACCCACCAGCCCCAGGGCCUUCUUAGGGGCUGGGACUCCGAGUCCUAGGACCUCCUUGGAGGUCUCUUUUGAUCCACAGCCACCAGGGAAGCCGGUAAGAACUCCUGAGGCCAGAGAAAAGGAAAACGCCACCAAUCUGAACCCAGAAGAACUUUGUACUUCCCCUACCUCGAUGAUCCCUCAGGUGUCUUCAGAGUCUGGCAAGGCAGGGAAGAUGGAAGAGAAGGAAGAGAACAAUAAGCUUAUCUCAGCUGACACGCCUGAGAGCCAAGGUCUCCAGCUUCAUGACUCUGAGGUUCCCGAAGAGAGCAUCAUCACGGCACCUGAGCUUCAAGAAGAGGUAUCUACAAGUCAAAGCGCACAACUCUGAAGAGGAACUGCCAAGACCUCCUCCCAGAGAAGCUCCUCACCUAGAGGGUAUAAAGGUCAGAGGGACUUAAAAUCCAACAUUCAUUUCUAGGUUCUCAAACAAUAUGGAUGCUGGUAGUCCCUAAAGACCUAACAUUAGUGGAGGCUGAGGAGCAGACUUAGGGGAGGGUGGAAGGCAGGUUUGGGAGAAGAGAUUGUUCAACUCAGGGAAUAUUUAAUUAAGAUUUUAGCAUUGUUAUAGCAUUGUUUAGCUUUGUUAGCAUUAAUUAAAGUAGGGCUAAAAUGGCAAUAAAAAGCAAAAGCAUCUACGGAUACAGACACACAUAACAACACAUAUUCAGAGAAUAGGAAACAAAUCUUUGAUUUACCACUCAUUCUGCAAGACUUAAAGCCAAAAGGACAUCUUUUCAGAUUGUUAAAUAAAGUAUUAUUCUAUGUAUGGAUUCUUUAUUGGAUACUGGGAGUUGUCCCAGCCCAGCACACUAUUCUCCACGUGGACAAGAUUGAUUCUACCCCAGGUUCAGAAAACUUUAGACACAUACCUGAUCUCCAGCUCAUCCUCCCUCCUGGCUGUAACUCUUUUAACAAUGACACAGGCCACAGGCUCCUCUCCUUAAUCUACACCCACAAUCUUUGGUUAAUAAGCAAAUACCCUUGGAAAGGGAUUACAUUUUAGAGCUGCAUCUAAUGGUUAUAGUCUAGAACUUAAUGUUAAGGAUCUGAGCAGGAUGGAAGAAGAAAUAGAAUUCCAAGUGAAGGGAAAUUGUACAAAGUAUAAUAAUAUAAUGGAAAUGGCAUGGAAUUGGAAAUUAGUAGUCCUGGAUUCAAGUCUUAUCAUUUGCUUUUGUGAAAACAUUAAAAACUGACUUUGAAGUCCUGCUACCCUGAUAAACAUACGUACACAUGAUGUGAAUGCACAUCUGUCUUUGCUUUUGUUUCUAAGAGUGAUAGAUGUCACCUUUUGUUCAGUCAUUCAGCAAGUAUUUAUUGAGUGCCUGCUCUGUGCCAAGCACUGUACUAUGUACUAGAGAAACGAUGAAGUAAAAAAGUAAGAACUUUAUAGGGACAAUAUUGAGUGGGGAGAAAAAUGGGCAGGAUUUAGCAAUAGGUUGGAAGUGGACACAUGAUGAAGGCUCAAGUUUUAAGGAACUAUUCUAGGUUAGGCUUGAGAGACUAGAAUCUGAUGGUGCCAAUUCCCUGAAAUGGUGACUACAGGGAAAAGAACAUUGUAUGUGGAUUCUCUGGCUUCAAGCAACAAACUGACACAAUUAAGCAAUAAAAGACAUGUUCAAAGGGUAUUAGUUCAUAGAGCUGAAAGAACAACCAGGCUGCAGAAAGGACAAGAACCAGCCCACAGAUGUCUAUAGCAAGAAUGUGUGGACUGCCCCCUCUAGGCAGCUGUCAUUGGAAGACUCAGCUUCAGCCACCUUCUGCCACCGUGUCCUUUCCAGAUUCACAUUCCCUGGAGAAAGAAUCUGACUGGCCCAGUUUGAGGGGAGGCAUGUUAAUGUCUACAAUGACAGGAAGACCAAUAGCGGGGGUGGUAGUAAGGGUAGAAUACAAAGAAGUACAAGGAAACU